CUUUGGCUCCAUACUCAACCAGCUUCUCUACUGCUCAGACACCCCAUAUCUCCAUCAUGACCUGUGGCUUUGGUUCUGUGGGCUCUGGAUUUCGCCCUGGAAGCUUCAGCUGCGCCUCGGCCUGCGGGCCCCGGCCAGGCCGCUGCUGCAUCACUGCCGCCCCCUACCGCGGCAUCUCCUGCUACCGCGGCCUCACAGGAGGAUUCGGAAGCCACAGCGUCUGCGGGGCCUUCCGCUCUGGCUCCUUUGGCCGCAGCUUUGGCUACCGCUCCGGAGGCGUGUGCGGCCCCAGCCCGCCCUGCAUCACCAGCGUGUCCAUCAACGAGAGCCUCCUCACGCCCCUCAACCUGGAGAUCGACCCCAACGCGCAGUGCGUCAAGCACGAGGAGAAGGAGCAGAUCAAGUGCCUCAACAGCAGGUUUGCUGCCUUCAUCGACAAGGUGCGCUUCCUGGAGCAGCAGAACAAGCUGCUGGAGACCAAGUUGCAGUUCUACCAGAACCGCGAGUGCUGCCAGAGCAACCUGGAGCCGCUGUUCGAGGGCUACAUCCAGACUCUGAGGCGGGAGGCCGAGUGUGUGGAGGCGGACGGUGGCAGGCUGGCCGCUGAGCUCAACCACGUGCAGGAGGUGCUGGAGGGCUACAAGAAGAAGUAUGAAGAAGAAGUUGCGCUUCGGGCCACAGCAGAGAAUGAGUUUGUAGCUCUGAAGAAGGACGUGGACUGCGCCUACCUGCGCAAGUCAGACCUGGAAGCCAACUCGGAGGCGCUGCUGCAGGAGAUUGACUUCUUGAGGCGACUGUAUGAGGAGGAGAUCCGCGUUCUCCAGUCCCACAUCUCAGACACCUCGGUCGUCGUCAAGAUGGACAACAGCCGCGACCUGAACAUGGACUGCAUUGUGGCUGAGAUCAAGGCUCAGUAUGAUGACAUUGCUACCCGCAGCCGGGCGGAGGCCGAGUCCUGGUACCGCAGCAGGUGUGAAGAGAUCAAGGCCACAGUGAUCCGGCAUGGCGAGACCCUGCGCCGCACCAGGGAGGAGAUCAACGAGCUCAACCGCAUCAUCCAGAGGCUGACAGCUGAGAUUGAGAAUGCCAAGUGCCAGAACACCAAGCUGGAGACUGCGGUGACCCAGUCUGAGCAGCAGGGUGAGGCGGCCCUCAAUGAUGCCCGGUGCAAGCUGGCAGGGCUGGAGGAGGCCCUUCAGAAGGCCAAGCAGGACAUGGCCUGCCUGCUCAAGGAGUACCAGGAGGUGAUGAACUCCAAGCUGGGCCUGGACAUUGAGAUCGCCACCUACAGACGCCUGCUGGAGGGCGAGGAGCAGAGGCUGUGUGAAGGCGUUGGAGCUGUUAAUGUCUGUGUCAGUAGCUCACGCGGUGGGGUCGUGUGUGGAGACCUCUGUGUGUCCGGCUCCAGGCCCGUGACGGGUAGCGUCUGCAGUGCCCCCUGCACUGGGAACGUGGCAGUGAGCACCGGCCUGUGUGCACCCUGCGGAGGGGGUUCCAUCUGCCAGGGGAGGUUUUAA